AAUGAGCCUCUGAAGAAGGAGCGUCCCAAGUGGAAGAGUGACUACCCCAUGACGGACGGGCAGCUGCGCAGCAAGCGGGAUGAGUUUUGGGACACGGCGCCAGCCUUCGAGGGUCGCAAGGAGAUCUGGGAUGCCCUGAAGGCAGCUGCCUAUGCCGUGGAGGCAAAUGACCACAGCCUGGCCCAAGCCAUCCUUGAUGGAGCCAGCAUCACCCUGCCCCACGGGUCCCUGACGGAGUGCUAUGAUGAGCUGGGCAACCGGUACCAGCUGCCUGUCUACUGUCUGGCACCUCCCGUCAACCUGAUCCUGGAGCGGAGCGAGGAGGAGUCAGCGGAACCCGCCGAGCCCCUGCCCAAUGCCCGGCGGGAGUUUGCCCUCAAGGUGCGGCUUUCCACCGGCAAGGACCUGCGGCUCAGCGCCAGCAUGGGGGACACCAUCGGGCAGCUGAAGAAGCAGCUGCAGGCGCAGGAGGGCAUCGACCUGGCCUGGCAGCGCUGGUUCUUCUCGGGCAAGCUGCUCACCGACCGCACACGCCUGCAGGAGACCAAGAUCCAGAAGGAUUUUGUUGUGCAAGUGAUUGUCAAUCAGCCACUCCCACCCAGGAACUGAGC